AGAAUGCGCCAGUUCCACUCACGCCGGCAUGGUCGUGGCGGAGCUCAACUGAACUGAGAAAGGAACGAAUCAGUUCAUGAAGUGAUUCGGUUCAGUGCGUUCCCUCAAAAGAUUCUUUCGUUCGAACGAAUCGUUCGCUAACGACACAACACUACACGCAAAGGCUUCCGGGUAGAGAGGUCAGGAGUCGGUCGGCGGUGGCUGCGAAAGAACGCUUGGACUCGUCAACAAAGACUGUUGCAUAACCUAAGCAAAACAAGCUAAUACUUAUAACAUUUGCGGCGAUUUAGGGACUCCAUAUAUCUUAUUUUAGCACAACACGGCGAGAAAUUACACCAGCAUGGGUUUUGUUCAUCAAGACUUGCCGUUAGCAUGCUAACUAGCACGCUAACUAGCAUGCUAAUUAGCAUGCUAAGUAGUUAGCAUGGUUGUUAUUGUUGUGCAGUAGCGGACGUCCCUCCCGUGAUGUUCUCUUGCUUCUACCGGGAAAAUGGAUGACAAGUCCGGCAGCCACCACCGGCUCCUGGCGGUCGUGCUCAUGGCGCUGAUCUUCGGCGUCAUCAUGAUCCAGUACGUGUGUCCGAGUCGCUCCGAGUGCCAGGUGCUCCACCGGCUGGGCUCCUGGCUCAACAGGGCCGGCAGCGGCUCCCCGGGUGUCCGGGAGCCAAGAGAUCCGUACACGGCGGAAGACGGCGCCCUGGUCCGCUUCGUCCCCCGCUUCAACUUCAGCAGGGCGGACUUGAGCCGCGCCGUGGACUUUAACAUGAAGGGCGAUGACGUCAUCGUGUUCCUGCACAUCCAGAAGACUGGCGGCACCACGUUCGGCCGACACCUGGUGAAGAACAUCCAGCUGGAGAGGCCCUGCGAGUGCCACGCCGGCCAGAAGAAGUGCACCUGCUACCGGCCGGGGAAGAAGGAGACGUGGCUCUUCUCGCGGUUCUCCACCGGCUGGAGCUGCGGCCUGCAUGCCGACUGGACCGAGUUGACCCGCUGCGUCCCGUCACGCAUGGACUCCAGGGAGGCUCCGAAGACCAUGUUCAGGAACUACUACUACAUCACCAUCCUGAGGGAUCCGGUGUCACGCUACCUGAGUGAGUGGCGUCACGUCCAACGCGGCGCCACCUGGAAGGCCUCGCUACACGUGUGCGACGGGCGCUCCCCGACGCUGUCGGAGCUCCCCAGCUGCUACCCCGGAGACGACUGGUCAGGCUGCACGCUGCAGGAGUUCAUGGACUGCCCUUACAACCUGGCCGACAACCGGCAGACGCGCAUGCUGGCCGACCUGAGCCUGGUGGGCUGCUACAACGUGUCGGCCAUGAGCGAGGAGGAGCGCUGGGCGGUGCUCCUGGAGAGCGCCAAGCGGAACCUGCGCGGCAUGGCCUUCUACGGGCUGACCGAGUACCAACGUAAGACGCAGUACCUGUUUGAGCGCACCUUCAAUCUGGAGUUCAUCGCGCCCUUCACCCAGCUCAACGGCACGCGGGCCUCCAGCGUGGACGCCCCGGCCGACACGCAGCGCAUCAUCCGCCGGCUGAACCGAUGGGACGUGGAGCUCUACGAGUACGCCCGCGACCUUUUCCUGCAGCGCUUCCAGUUCGCCAGGCAGCAGGAGCGAAGGCAGGCCAGGGAGCGGCGGCAGCAGGAGAGGAGGCGGCUGCGUGGAAGGCAGGGACGCCAGCAGAGGCCCACGCCGGCGCCCCCCGUGGUCGACAGCCACCUGCUGGUCACUGAGUCACUAGAAAAGUCUGAAGAAGACGGCGUGGAGUCUGACGGGCUCCUGCCGGACUGGUGGGAUGUGGAUGAGAAGGACUACAUGGACAAUGUGGAGCAGUGGAAAUGACCAAUUCCAAUAAUACUUCUUUUAAAGACGAGGCCUUACUUUUGGUUACUGUGAAGAAGAAAACAAUACUUUGUAUCAAACAUCUUCACCGGUCAAUUUAUUUCUCUUAUUUAUAAUUGUAAAAAAAAAAGUAAAACACACUAUAGUUGUUAACGCUAAUCUUACUGUGAUUUUAUUAUACUGUGAUUUAUUCCACUUUUCUUUUAAUGUUGUGUUAAUUUAUCAGAACCACAUUAUGCAAGGGAUGCUAUGUCUAGAUCAGUGUUUUUCAACCUUUUCUGAGCCAAGGCACGUUUUUUGCGUUGAAAAAAUGCAGAGGCAGUCCACCAGCGGAAAUCAUAAAAAAACGAAACUCAGUUGACAGUAAAAAGUCGUCGUCGCAAUUGUUGGGUAUGACUUUAAAGCAUAAGCCAGCAUGCAUGACUAUAGCUCUUGUCUCAAAGUAGGUGUACUGUCACCACCUGUCACAUCACACCCGGACUUAUUUGGACCUUUUUGCUGUUUUCCUGUGUGUAGUCUUUUACUUCUUGUCUCGCGCUCCUAUUUUUGUGGCUAUGUCUCUUUUUUUGGUGUUUUCCUGUAGGAGUUUCAUGUCUUCCUUUGAGCGAUAUUCGCCGCAUCUACUUUGUUUUAGCAAUCAAGGAUAUUUCAGUUGUUUUUAUCCUUCUUUGCGGGGACAUUGUUGAUUGCCAUGUUCAGAUGUAGUUUGUCUUUGCUCCCAAGUCUUUGCUGUCGUCCAGCAUUCUGUUUUUGUUUCCUUUGUAGCAGUUCAGUUUUAGUUUGGUUCUGCAUAGCCGUCCUAAGCGUCAAUGCCUUUUCUUAGGGGCACUCACCUUGUUUAUUUUUGGUGUAAGCUUUAGACACCUUUUUACCUGCACACUGCCUCCCGCUGUUUCGAUUAUUACAAGGGUACUCUGCCGAGCUCUAUAAUUACUGGUUUGCAAAAAGUAUUUUGAACCCAAAUAGGUGAAAUGAGAGUCUGGUGUGCCGCGGCACAGUGGUUGAAAAACACUGGUCUAGACUAGACUGAACAAUUUAGACAGAUUCCAUCCAAUAAUAAUAAUAAUAGUGGGGUUAAAUGGAUGUGACAUUGAACGUAUUGCAGUGCAUCUGAAUCAACUCAGGCAGAAAUCAUAGGAACAAAAAAAUGUUUUGUUUUCAAUCAUCUUAAAGUAACCCCAGAUAGUAAUAAUCUUCAUAUGUUUGCCUCUCAGUUGUUAAUAAUGCCUUCAAGUGAUUUGCCAAUACAUUUCUGCGUAAUAUUUACUUAUGUUUUUAUUUGUACGACACACAACUUAUUACCUUUUUUUUCAUGUUUGAAAACAACGUUUUUCAAAUAGUCUGAAAUGCAUAUGUUUACAAAUGUAGCUAUUUUAACACAGAAAAAGAAUACCUCAGUGGGUAGCAUAACUGAUGUUGUGGUAAAGUAACUGAAUGUUUCCAUGCUUUUUUUUUUUUAUAUAUUAAAAAAAAAUACUUUACCCUCAA